AUGUCCUUUGUGAUGCACGAGCUGGUUUACUUUGGACGAUCGUUGCCCUGGAUCAUCAUCGACCGGACAAAGUACUUUAACCGCUGGAAGAUUCAACACAACAAAAUUCCAACCCUCCAAGAACAGUGGAACUGUGCCAGACUGGUCCUCCUUAGUCACUUCACCGUCGAGCUGCCUCAGAUUUGGCUCUUCCACCCAAUGGCUCAAUACUUUGGCCUUGCAACCGGCGUUCCGUUCCCUUCGAUCUGGAAGAUGAUGUAUCAAAUUGCCAUUUUCUUUGUGCUGGAAGACACCUGGCAUUACUUCUCCCACCGCGCUUUCCACUGGGGCCCUCUCUACAAAUCCGUGCAUAAGAUUCACCACCAGUACUCGGCGCCAUUCGGACUUGCGGCCGAAUACGCUUCGCCGAUCGAAGUCAUGGCUCUCGGCUUUGGCUCUGUCGGCUGCCCGAUCCUGUGGUGCGCGCUCACUGGAGAUCUGCACAUUCUGACCAUGUACAUCUGGAUCGUCCUACGGCUCUUCCAGGCCAUUGAUGCUCACAGCGGCUACGAGUUCCCGUGGAGUCUGCAUCACUUCCUGCCAUUCUGGGCCGGCGCUGACCAUCAUGACCUUCACCACGAGAAAUUCGUCGGCAACUACUCCAGCAGCUUCAGAUGGUGGGACUACCUACUUGAUACCGAGUACACCCCAGAAGCUGUCAGGCGCCGAAGAGAGCAGAAGUCCAAAGCCGCAAAGAAGACGGAGUAA